AUGGUUUAUGAUUACAAGGGAGCUGUUUUGGCCUGUAUGUCAGCUUCUUUCUUUUCAUUCUUAUCAAAUCAGAGUUCUCGAUCUCGAGCCUCCAGAGUGCGACAGCAUGUCCACUGUGACUCCUGCUACAGCCGGCGCUGCAGGGCUCGUGUGGAGGUCUCUGUGUGCUGUGCGAUCACCCCAUGCCGCCUGCACUGUGGAGCUCUAUUCCACCUGUGCAAAGAGGAGGAUCACCUGCUGCUCUGCCCCAAUGUGAGGGUGCCCUGUCUCAAUGUUGGGUAUGGCUGCCCGCUCCACUUGCCCCGCUCCUCACAGGCAGCUCACCUCCAGGUGUGUCCGGCCAGUGUAAUUUGCUGCACCAUGGAGUGGCUCCGCUGGCCCAUUGAUGAAACAAACCCACACAGUAACCUAGCUCUGCAGGAUAAUGUGAUGGAGGAAAACAAGGGGCAAGGGGAGGCUCUUGAUCUUGCCAUGGCCCUGGUGGACCAGUCAGACCUUUUCAGCCGCCUGAAAAUGAAGCACCUCUAUCCAGAGAUGAUGGAGGAGGAAGAAAUAAAGGAAGACAAAAAAGAAGGGAAGAUGGUGGAAGGGUUUGUAAAUGGUGUUGCUGACAAAGAAUCCGAUGGAGAGCUAUUUACAACAGUCACUGCAGGAAACAGCUUGGGAGAGCCUGAAGACAACCAUGUGGGACAAGUCGGCGGCAUCAACAGAGAGAAAUACAACAUGUAUGAGAUGAUGUUUAGCAUGGAGAGAGGUGGCUGUGCUGCUGCUCAGGCAAACCAAGACAAUCCAAACCAAAACCCAAAACAUGGUGAAAAGGCAACUGCCCAGAAGCAUCAGGAUGGUGUGUUGGAGAAAACAUGUGCAGAUCAAACAGGUACAGGGAAUGAUGGUGCAGCUACAGACAAAAACUGCCUAAUGCGGGAUACAAGUAAGACAGGGCACGCCCCGUGGCAGGAGGGGGUGCUGGAGCGUCUGCAGGAGGAUCUCACCCCACAAGAGUAUAACAUGUAUAUGGUGCAUCAUGGCCGCAUGCUGGUCAGCUUUGGACAAAUCAAGGCCUGUACUCCAAGGGAGAAAGAUUUUGUUUAUGGCAGCCUGGAGCCUAUACCAGUACAGACCCUUCGCUCUUUCAAGAUCCCUGACAGCUAUCACUACAGGCAGCGGGUUACUCUGUAUGACACGACUGCGCGGGCUCAGAGUGAAUCUUGCAGCGUGGACACAUCAGACCUCGGAGCUAACGAGGAGGACUGGUUCACUGAUGAAGCAGCAGCCACUCUGCUGGGCUACGCUGAGGAGGCUGUCAUGGGUCACAAGAUCAGUGUUUCAAAGGCAGCUGAUGGGCUCUAUGUUGAUGUGGGAACACAGACGCACUCCUUCCACUCAGCUCCAUAUAAAGGGAAGACUACGCUGGCGGAGGUGAUGGUGGACAGACCCUUGAAGCUUCUUCUUCAGCUGCAGGCGGAGAGUGUGAACAGCAGAAACAACAGAACCAGCUGCGUCUUCACCUACCUCUGUGGUCACACCUUCCACCGCAGAGAAUAUGCCACACAUUACAGGAAUGUCCAUAGUGACAUUCAGACAGGUCUGAGUGGAUGGUUUGAGCAGAGAUGCCCCCUGGCUUAUCUUGGGUGCACCUACAUCCAGAAGAGAUUUCAUCCCUCAACACAUAAAGCCACUGUCUGCUAUAAUCAGCAGCUGAGGACUUUCAAUUUGCGUCCGUCACUUGUAGUCUCAGAAGGUGACACUUCCCAGCCGCCAAAGAGCUCAGGGGACUCCUCCCUUACUCAGAGGAGGAGAGGAGGCCAAACCGGUGUAGGGGAGGAUUAUCUGAGCUGUUUCCCCUACGAGGUGCUGUGCCACAUAGUCGGUUUCCUGGACAGUCUGUCCCUGUCCCAGCUAGCUCUGGUGUCAAAGCUCAUGAGGCAGGUAUGCUCCUCUCUGCUGCAGGAGAGAGGGAUGGUGACCCUCAGCUGGGAGAGGAAGACCUACUCACAUGGAGGAGCCAAGUGGAAAGCCAAACCUGUGUGGGAGUUCAGUCACCUCUUCUCCCCAGUGGACUCAUGGCGAAUGGCAGACAUCCCUCCUAUAUCUUCUCAUCUAAAAGUCUGUCCUUAUUAUGAGACCUCUCCGCACAGUGAGCCCAUUCCCCUCCCCAGCAUGGGUGAGAAACAGGAGAGCAGCCAGGAGAGGAUCACUCUUGUCAACCAUUUCACAGGAAAAAGAUUGCAACAAUAAAGAAAACAAAAAAUCAAGUUUUACCAGGUGAUGUUUUCCUUUAAAAAAAAAAUGAUUGUGUA